GAUUAUCGAAGGCAGAGCCAUCAAUCUGGACUAUAUACGCGCAGGGUAGACCACCAAGGCAAACUUGAAGCUAUGUACAAGCUCUUGCUUAUUGCAGCCAGUGCGACGGCUCUGCAGCCUAGGCCGCAGAAGACCCUGGAGGCGCUGAAAACGAGCCGGCGUGACCUGCUGGGCUUAACAACCAUCUUGGUCGCGCCGGCAGCGCAUGCCGCGACGUCCGAGGAGCUCAAGGCCAUGAUGGGCGGCCUCCAGUCCGAACUGUCGGACGAAAAUCUGGCAAAGGCCCGCGGCGUCGCGCAAAAGGACGACGGCGGCGGCUUCGGCAUCGAGCUGCCGUCGGUCAAGGCCCCGAGCUUCGCGCCGAAGGAGGGCAAGCCCAAGCCCAAGCCCAAGGCGAAGCAGGCGGCGAGCGGCGGCGCCGCGCCGGAGGUGCAGAGAAUCGAGGUGCCCGACGUCGCCGGCGGUUUUGGGGAUUUCGGCGCGGCCCAGCGCGAGGCGGGCCGCAAGCGUGCCGAGGCCAUGCGGAACCGCGCCUUCUCGCCGGAGCGGGAGAAGGAGGAGAUGAAGCCGGCGCCGGCGGACUCGUCGGAGGUCGCCAGCGGCGCAGUCUACGACGAGCUCCGCGCGAAGCGCGAGGCGCAGCGCGCGGCCAUGGAGGCGCGCGAGGAGCAGCGCAAGUUCAACCGCCUCACGCCGGCCGAGCAGGCCAAGUACCGCGCCGCGGGCAAGGCGCCCAAGGGCAAGUGAGCCCCUCUUGACGUAUUGCGCUCCUAACUAGCGCCUUACCAUUG